AUGAUAAAUUAACCAAACUCAAUUAUUGAAUUACCAUUCUAAGUUUCAACAAGCCAUAUACUCGACUUAUUUAUUAGCUGCACUAAAAAGAAGUAAAAUUUUCAAAUUAUAAUAAUAGAUAAUAUUAAAUAUUGGAGAAGGAUUCAAAUUAGAUCAUAGCCAUUAAGGAAAAUGUAGCAGUAAUAAAAAACACUGUUAAAAGGUUAGUUUGUAUGUCAGAAAAUACUUUUGAGUAAAUUUGUUUGGUUAAAAUAUAAAUUGAUACAAAUUAAGUGAAAUGUGUAAGAAUAGUUUCAAUAAGAGGGAUCACUGGACAUUAUGAUGAGAAUUCUGAAUUGAUUAACUAUUUUUUGUCUAAAAUAGAUAAAUUACGUAAUAAGAAAAGUUAAGAUUAAAAUAUGAUGAAUGAGGCAUCUGAAUUUGUUGGAAUUGUAAAUGUUUCUGAAGAAAUAGAAAAUGCUGCUAAUUAAAAUCCAUACUAUUUAGAAACCAGUGCUUAUUAUAUGUUUCAUAAAUUAUUAUGCGCUUCAAAUUAUGGUCUUGGUAAAAAAGUAGCAGAAUAUAUUCAAAAAGUAUAAAAUAGUCUUUCUAAUGACUAAUCAAAUAUUAAGUAAAAUGUUUAAUAAUUAAAUUCAUUUAUUAAUUAAAUAGUUGAAACAUUAUUUCAAUCUUUCAAUUUUGGUAAAUAAGAAACAACUUAAAUAAUGCCUUAUUGUAAAAUUUCAAUAGAAAAAUAUUUCUAUUUAAAAUUAUCUCAUUGCAUUUUGCCAUAAUACUAAAAUAUGUUUAAAUAAUAAAAUGAAUUAUUUAGAUCUAAAAAAAUAGACAGAAAUAAUAAUUAGAUCAAAAAUGAAUUACAUAAAGAUCUUUAAAUUCCAGAAUUUAAUUCAUAAUAAACCAUAAGAAUUAAUGAAGCUUUAAAUGAAUUAGAUAAAAUUGAAUAUAUGAGUUAUCCAAGAGAAAAGUUGAGGUGUUUAUAAUUGAUGAGUGCAAUUCUUAAGGGUUCUCUUUAUAAUAUUAUUACAUAGCUAUUAACUCUGGUUUAAUUGAUUAGUUAAUGAAGUACUGUUUAAUAUUGAGUAAUGUAGAUCAUCCAUUCUCAGAAAUUUAAUUACUUAUAGAUACAACAAGUUCAUAAGAUAAACAAUUUCUAAACAAAAUUAAUGUAUUAAAUUAUCUUAUUAUAGCAUCAAUUAGAAGAAAUAAUUAAUUCUUGA